UUGUAAAUAUUAUUAAAAUCGGCAAAAUGAUAGAUGUUGAAAGCAAAAUAAAUUCUUUCUUUAUUUUUAAUUCCACUUUCGGCCCUAAAGAAGGCGAAGAAUUGAAAAGGAUAUUAUUCUUCCAUCCCAGUCAAAUUAGUGCUGAUGCAAGAAAAAUACAGGUCGGUUUGUGCGAGGCAGUUGUUAAGUUUAUGUCAACAUUUUCAUCGGAACCAUGUGAAGCACUACAAACACAGACCAAAAGGUACAUAUUUUACCAGCCAGAGAAAAAUUAUUGGAUGGUAUUGGUGGUAAGAAUACCAUAUGCAACAAAAGCACUAUCAUCAAUUGGUGAAAAAAAAGGAGACAUGGUUCAACCAUCAGUUAUGCAAAAUCUACUUGUAACUGCUUACAAGAUGUUUAGAAUGUUUGUAGGUUUAUUCACAGAUGUACCUGCAGAUGUGAUAUACACAAAAUGCCAACAGUUUUUCACUCCUUACAUACUUUCAAGAUGUAUUACAAAUGAUGUGAUAAAUGUUAUACAAGGCAUUAAUUAUCUGCCACUUGAAAAGAAUUCUUUCCUCAAGAUAGUAUGUUUCAUUGACCUUUUAGAAAUCAACUUUCAAGACUUCAAAUGCAUUGGAUUUAUCUACAAUGAACAACUUAUUUGGAAUGGACUUUCAACAGAUGAUAUGCUUACAUUAUAUCAAUAUUUAGUACAAAGUUUACUCCCGAAACAAGUGGAGAAAGAGAUCCAAGGUGGAGCAGUGACUGCUGCACAAAGACAUGGCCGCUUCAUCACACCCUGUGAUGGAAUUCAUACAGAUGAAGACAUUGAUAAGAUAAUAAAAGUAUACCUCAAACUAGAAGAUGAUACAGAAACUAAACAAUAUUAUUUAAUUAUUUAUAGAACUCUGAGUGCUACAAUUUGUUUAACAGUUUAUGCUGACAAGACUUUGGAAUUAGAAACAUUGAAGUCUCUUGAUGCUUUCAUUGGACCUCAACUGUAUUCCAUCGCGUCAACAAUAAGUGAACAAUGCACAUUACAUGCUUUACAAAAUGCUCAGCUUGCCAACACAGAAAAUAAGUUUUUAUAUUUCAAUAGAAUUAAUUUGGCAUUCAAAUCAUCGGUGCCAAUAAACUCCUUGAGUCCAUCAGCAGCUAUCAAACCAGAAGUAUUAAAUAUUAUAGCAGGAAUACAUUCAGACAGAAAAAGUCUUGGUAAUUAUGGUGAAAUUAUUAUCAAAACACUAGAUGAAUAUUGGAUUACCGGAAAAUCAUCUAAUGAAAGAGAAUUUUAUGUUAUUAUUCAAAAGAAAAAUGCUAAUGUGAUUGAAAUUGCAGAGGAAGUAAAACAAGUGUGUGAAGCACAAAUGAAAGGAAUUUUCUUUUAUCCUAUGUGAAGAUAUUAGGCAUAUGCUAAAGAAAACUC